AUGAGCUUUAACUUCGAAGAAGAAACUGUUGAAGUCAAAGUUGAUGCAAUUGUCGAAACGCCAAUGGAAGUCGAAGCAGUUGCCAACAUUCUUGACAUAGUUGAAGUCGAAGAAGGUGCUGAACCAAUCAACUAUAGCGAGGGUUUAAAGAUUCAACAAUGGAAGUUAGCUAUGGUAGAAGAGUUACAGGAAAUCGAGAGAAAUAACACAUGGGAGUUAUUUGAAUUGCCAACACAUAAUAAAGCUAUCAACGUCAUGGCACAAAAUAUAACAAUCAUCUGCUUAUAUGUCGAUGACUUGCUGCCAGGUAUGGUGGUACAUCAAAGGAAGUUUGUCAAAGAGAUACUCAAGAGAUUCAAUAUGGAUGAUUCGAAUCCUACAUCCUCACCUGUCAAAACAAACUUGAAGUUGGAGAAGCAUGGAGAGGAAUACAAAGUUGAUGUAACUUCGUUCAAGCAAAUUAUCGGAUUUCUGAGAUAUGUGUGCAAUAGUCGACCUGAUAUAGAUUUCACAGUCAGAUUAGUGAGCAGAUACAUGAGUGAACCAAGAGUGUCACACAAGAAGGUUGCAAGAAGAAUUUUAAGAUACCUAAAAGGAUCGAUAGACUAUGGAAUUCUAUUUCAACGAGACUCUGAAGGCGAAGAAGCAACAAAUGAUGAUUGGGACGGAGAUAAGGAAGACCGAAGAAGCACAACUGGAUAUUUCUUUUAA